CCCCCGUGCCCCCCCUCCCUGUCCCCUCCGGACACCAGAGGUCCCUGCAGCCGCCGCAUCCGCCCUCGUCUCCUCCUCUUCCUCCUCUUCCUCCCGGAGCCGCUGCAGGACCGGCCAUGGCCGAGCCGGGAGGCUCCCCGGCUGCCGCCGCCGCCUGCUCGUCCUCCUCGGAGCCGCCGGGGAUGGACGCGGAGCCGCCGCCGCCGCCGCCGCCGCCGCCGCCGCCGCUGGACAUCCCGCUGCUGCUGGAGGAGCUGCGGGUGCUGCAGCAGCGGCAGCUGCACCAGCUGCAGCUCACGGAGGAGAUCUGCCGCCAGGUGCUGCUGCUGGGCGCCCCCGCGCCCCCCAAGGCCCCCCCGGCCCUCUUCGCCGCCCCCAAGGCCGAGCCGCCGCGGGCCCCGGCGUCCGGGCCGCCCCCCAAGCCCGCCUUCUUCCACCUCUACCGGCCCUGGGGCGCCAAGGCGGAGGCGGCGGCGUUCCCGCCCCUGCCGACGGCGCGGGAGGGCUCCCUGCGCCCCCGCAACGAGGCGGAGGAGAGGCCCGGCGGCGGGCGGCACCGCUGCCGCUUCUGCGCCAAGGCCUUCGGCAGCGACAGCGCCCUGCAGAUCCACCUGCGCUCGCACACCGGCGAGCGGCCCUACAAGUGCAACGUCUGCGGCAACCGCUUCACCACCCGCGGCAACCUCAAGGUGCACUUCCACCGCCACCGCGACCGCUACCCCCACGUGCAGAUGAACCCCCACCCCGUGCCCGAGCACCUCGACUACCUGCUGGCCGGCCGCCCCGGCGCCCCGCCGGAGAAGAGCGACGCCGCCGAGAAGCCGCCGCUGCCGGCGCUGAAGGUGCCGCUGGCCGCGGAGGGCCUCCCGCUGCUGCCCCAGCCCCUGCCCGGCUUCAACAAGCUGGUGCUGCUGAAGGCGGCGGAGGAGAAGGCCAAGGGGGACGAGAACACCCCGCCGGGCAAGCUGCCCGCCUGGGCCUUGCUGGCCAGCCACUUCAAGGGCGGCCACCACCACCACCACCACCACCACGCCGCCGCCUUCCCCUUCCUCCUGGAGCCGCUGGCGGCGGCCCCCUCCGAGACCUCCAAGCUGCAGCAGCUGGUGGAGAAGAUCGACCCGCCGGGCACCACCGCCGCCGCCGCCGCCGCCGCCACCGAGGCCCCGGGGACGGCGACGGCGGCCGCCGCCCCCGCGCCACCGCCCGCCUCCGUCCCCAACCAGUGCCCCGUGUGCCGGCGGGUGCUGAGCUGCCCCCGGGCGCUGCGGCUGCACGCGGGGCAGCACGCCGGGGCCGAGCGCCCCUUCCGCUGCAAGGCGUGCGGCCGGGCCUUCUCCAGCCGCGGCAACCUGCGGGCCCACUCGGCCGCCCACCGGCCCGGCCCGGCCCCCGCCGCCGCCGCCGCCCGGCCCCGAAACUCCUGCCCCAUCUGCCAGAAGACGUUCGCCGACGCCCCGGGCCUCCAGCACCACGUCCGCCUGCACCUGGGCGGCCAGAUCCCCAACGGCGGCCCGACGCCGGCCCGCCGGCCCGAGGAGCUCUCCGAGGAGGAGGAGGAGGAGGAGGAGGAGGAGGAGGAGGAGGAUGCCUCCGAGGAGGACGAGUCUGCCGAGAGCGGUCCCGAGAAGCCCCCAGCCGAGGAAGAAGAGGAGGAGGAGGAGCAGGAGGAGGAGGAGGAGGAAGGUGAAGGUCGCCGCCGGGCGGGCAGCCCCGCGCCAGCCUCGGAGGGAGCCGGCGAGCCCGUGGUGGAGGAAGGAGGUGCGCGCGGAGGGGAGGAGGCCCCGGAGGAGCCGCAGGCCAGCCCGGCCAAGGAGGGCGCUCCCGACGGGGCCACGGCCAGGAAGGCCGGGCAGGUGCCCCCGUGCUGGAGCUGCAGCCCGGUGCCCCGCGCCCGCCCGCCCGCCCCGGACGUCCCGCCGCCACCGCCGCCGCCGCCGCCGCCACCACCAACGCCACCACCGCUGAGCCGCGGGGCCGGCAAACCGCCAGACUUCCCGGCCCGCCCGCCGCCGCCGCCGCCAGCCCUCUCCUUCUGGAGCCAGUACAGCGCCUUCGUGGCCGCCGGCGCCAAGGCGGCCCGCGCCCGCCCCGCACCCGCCGAGGCCGCCGCGCCCCCGGCGUCCGGCCCCGCCGACAAGUAGCGCCCCGAGGGCUUUUAACGCGUUUUAGUGCCCUUUUCUUUUUUGGUUGUAGUUUUAGCGUCCCCCCCACCCCCACCCCGUGCCGUUGCACCCCUGUUCCUCCUCCCCAUAGCGUAGCACCAGCCUCGGACCCCCCGCCCUCCAUUAAAGCCGUUUUGGUGACUCUCCC